CCAAGUGUCCAGUCAUUUUUGUGCCAUGUCUGUGCUCUUACGAAUUCCUCGCAAGAGGAAGGAAAAGCCUUUAUCGUUCUUGCAGGUUGAAUUAGUGUCCAAUAAAUGUGCAAAGAAACAGUCGUCAUCAAACGAAGAGACUGUAACCAACUCAAGUAUCAGUCAAAAAGGAAAAAAAAGACUGUUCACACACGUGUUGACUUUGGAGGGUAGUGAAACAGCAAACACUGAAGGGAACGAGAAGUCAUGGUCCACCAAUAAAAGACAUUCAAGCUUUGGGAAUAACAGUGAACAGAAAAAUACCCUAGAAACAAACGUUACUUCAGAAUGGAAAUUUUUGGACUUGGUGGACGUGUCUGAAGGAUAUGCAUCACCUUUUACUUUGAACGGUGACACUUUGGUGAAGGAAUACAUUGGAGAACUUACGACGGAACCUUUCAACUCUUUUCAAAAAGAAAAAGGAGACUUCGUCUAUGACCUUUAUGAAUUGUCUUGUCCCACUAUGAUGCCAGUUCACGACAUAGGACUACCAAUACGAGUUUUAACAAAUGCGUUAGACGAGGACUGGUUAGUCGCAGAGGACGAAGAAGUUCUUGAAGAUGGCUUUUCUAGUGACACUAAUAGGACAUAUGACUAUCCAGAAACUCCGGCGAGCUUAACAGAAGAUGAUGGUUUCUAUUCAGAGAAUUGGUAUGAUAUUGACGAGGAUUCAGACGAGUUUGAUGAUGAGGAAGGAAAAGUACCAGCUUUAUGGCGCACCGAGGAAUUAUUACGUAAACUGCAAAGAACAACUAUCUACGAGUCAUCAUCGUCUUCGUAUAAUUCGGAACGGAGUAGUAGUGAUUUGAAUUUUUAGCAACCUGACUUUGGUUCGAUAUCAU